AUGUCUACAGUGAUGUCGUCGCAGCAGGGGUGUAUCAUUCGUGUUGCUGAUACGGUUGAGAAAGUUGAGGAGUGCAUUGUGGAUCUUACUUCCACACUUGCCCCCGCUGCGCAGGUUCUUGGCAACAUCGCUGGUGCCGACAUCCCUCUUUCGACCUCUUCCACGGCGCUUGGCGCCCCCUCCAGCGCAUCUGCUACUCGAGUGGGGUCUACCACGACGCACCCUGCACCCAUCCCCAAUGCUUCUACCACGCAUGUUCCGACCAUCGCUGUGGACCUGGAGGGUGUAAAGUUGAACCGAUAUGGAAGGGUCUGUAUCGUCCAGAUGAAGUUGGACGUGUCGAACACCGUGUGGUUGUUGGAUGUGACAACUCUCGGGUCGAUCGCUUUUGAUCAUGCCGAUGGAGAGGGUAGGAGCGUGCGGUGGAUCCUCCAGCACCCGGGGAUUAAGAAGAUCCUCGAAUUGGCGGUUCGACACUCCAAUAAACGGCCCACGCGGAACCUGAACGGUCUUGCGCGCUCCAUCGAGUCGUAUCUCAGCCCUUCGCCUCAGUGGAAGCAAGUCAAGGACGCUGGUAUCAAACUCUUUUCACCCCCGCAUGGGAGUUAUGAAGUGUUCGAGCAGAGGCCCUUGGAUGAGAGGAUUAUGGUGUAUUGUGCACAGGAUGUUACGCUGCUUGGAGUCUUGGAGGUUGUUUUGAGGAGGUGGUUGGGGAGGUUUGGGAGUGGGUGGGAUCAGAGGGUUGUUAGGGCUAGUGAGGCGAGGUUGGAGGAGGCCAAGGGGUCGGUGUUGUUGGUGGGGAGGGAGAGGGCCGUGUCUCCGCAGAUUUGA